UGACUUGAGUCUAUGGUCCCCUGUUGCACACACGAGCAUGAAGAAAAAGCAGCAAACCUAAUAAAGGUAACCAAAACAGCCACCGUUAAACCACUGUUCACCACCAUAAUCAUCUCCGAUCACACUUUUUCCACCUGCAUUUUACGCCAACAGAUCAAUGACGUAAUCACACAAUGUCUACUGCUUCAAUUUGUUCGGAAUCUGUAGUCAACAGUCAACAGUUUGCGGUCAUGAGUCAAACGGAGCUCGCCGGAGAGUUCAGAGACCGGACGGUGGCCGGAGGACGGACGGUGGUGGUCGGAGUAAAGCUAGAUGAGCAGAGCAGAGAGUUGCUGACGUGGACGUUGGUUACGCAAGCUCAGGCUGGUGAUCGUGUUGUUGCGGUCCAUAUUGUUACUAAUAACGAAAUUGUGGAUCUUGAGGGAAAAUCGUCGUUGUUAUCGCUUGUGAAUUCGUUCGAUUCUGUUCUUGCGGUUUACGAAGGGUUUUGUAACCUCAAACAGGUAGAUCUUAAGUUGAAGAUCUGUAGAGGUGCUUCGGUUCGAAAAAUUCUUGUUCGAGAAGCUAAAUCUUAUGGUGCAAGUGAGGUCAUUGUUGGAGCUAAUCACACAGCUAGAUCAUCAUCCUCCGUAGCAAAAUACUGUGCUAAGAAGUUAUCGAAAAGUUGUUCUGUAAUUGCUGUGAAUAAUGGUAAAAUUGUGUUUCAUAGACAAUCCCCUUCAUCAUCGUCCGGUGCAAAAGGGAGUUCAGAUCGGCAUAAGAAACAUUUAUUUAGUUUGAUUCAGAGAUCGUUGAGUCUAAAUCCGAAAUUACUAAAAAGUGGAAAUGAUGCGAAAGACAAUCAAAAUGAUUGCAAGAAACUGGAGCUGGCUUUAGUUAAAUCUGAAUCCAAGUGCACAUCGAGUUCACUCCAAGAUAACUGUUCAAUAUGUUCACUUAGUUUGGUUCCGGUUUCUGAAGUUUCUAACGGUAACGGUGAUGAUGAAAAAGAAGAUAAUUCAAUGGCUCUAGUACCUGUACAGACGCUAGAAGCUUCAUCGAGUUCAACCUCUUUAUUACUAAGAGCAUUGCCUGAGUUAAGACCCGGUUGGCCGCUCCUUCGCCGAGCCAUUUCAUCUAAUGAGCUUCCAUCUGAUAAACCGCGGGUCCACCAGAUCUCGGUGGUACAAUGGGCUAUGAAGCUGCCGGUUAGACAUUGCUUUCAGAUCACAAACUCAGAUUCAGGAAGCGACGGCGUGUUUCAUGAUAAAAAAGACGGAUCUGUAGAAGUAAAUGCUGAAAAUGGAGCGAUUGUUUGUGUUGGUGGUGAUGAACUUCAAUCUGAUCUAUCUUCUUCUUCUCCAGAUCAUGAUUCGGUUAGUCUACCGAAAGAACUAGAGGGUCUCCAUGAUAAAUAUUCAGCUACUUGUAGAUUGUUUAAAUAUCAAGAACUUCUCUCUGCAACACAAAACUUCAAACCCGAGAAUAUGAUAGGAAAAGGAGGGAGUAGUAAAGUUUACAAAGGGUGUCUUCCCGACGGCAAGGAAAUAGCUGUUAAAAUCCUGAAAUCAACCGAAGACGUCUUGAAAGAAUUCGUUUUGGAAAUUGAGAUUAUCAAUGCUUUACAUCAUCAAAAUAUCAUUUCCCUUUUUGGGUUUUGCUUUGAAGACAACAAUCUCCUCUUAGUUUAUGAUUUUCUGUCACGCGGAAGUCUUGAAGAUAAUCUGCACGGCAAUAAGAAGGAUUCUGCAUUUGGAUGGAACGAGAGAUAUAAGGUUGCUGUCGGUGUAGCUGAAGCACUCGUUUAUCUACAUAAUAGCUGUGAUCCAACAGUAAUCCACCGGGAUGUUAAAUCAUCAAAUAUAUUACUCUCUGAUGAUUUUGAGCCACAGCUCUCUGAUUUUGGGCUCGCAGUCUGGGCGUCGACCACUUCCGCUCAGAUAACUUGCACUGAUGUUGCGGGAACUUUUGGUUACUUAGCUCCGGAAUAUUUCAUGUAUGGAAAGGUGACUGAUAAGAUCGACGUUUAUGCAUUUGGUGUUGUUCUUCUUGAGCUUCUUUCAGGGAGAAAACCUAUAAGCAGUGAACAUCCCAAGGGCGAGGAAAGCUUGGUUAUUUGGGCAAAACCGAUAUUGAGCAGUGGGAAAUAUUCUCAACUAUUAGAUCAAACAUUUGGGAAUAACUUCGAUGCCGAUCAAAUGGAGAGGAUGGCUCUAGCUGCUAAUCUUUGCAUAAGGCGUGCACCACGUGCUCGGCCCCACAUGAACUCUGUUCUGAAAGUUCUUCAUGGGGAUGUUGAAGUGACCAAAUGGGCCCGGUUAGAAGUGGGGUCUGAUGCAAGAGUACAGGUAGCAGAAGAGGAAUCAAAUAUAAGGUCACAUCUUAACCUUGCAUUGCUCGACGUUGAGGAUUCGUCUCUUUCCAUGAGCAGCGUUGAGGAAAGUGUGUCGUUAGAGGAUUAUCUACGUGGCAGGUGGAGCCGCUCAUCGAGUUUCGACUAAUCUUUGAUUUUUAACCAAAAGUAUAAUUUCGAUAUGAAUUACCGUAACAAAUUUCUUAACUGUAGCUCAAGUUGGUUUUAAAUUCAUGUUGCUUUCUAGGUUUUGAUUUGUAAAUUUAUUGUCUUUUGUGGUGGUGUUAAAUGAAUUUAAGAAUGGUCUCUUUUUGGUGAGAUCCAAUUCUGUGUAAAAUAAUGACUUGCUUUCUAAUUUAUAGAAUAAAAGAUAAUUAUGUGUUAUUCCU